GGGGGACUGAGGAAGCAGAGUGGACCUGUGGACAUGAGCGUCUCAGAGACUCGGCCCAAACCCCUCAUUUCCGUGGAGCCGCCCUGGACUCAGCUCUUCAUCGGAGACCCAGUCACUCUGAGCUGUGGGCUUGGAGAUCCCUCUGCAGGAUGGAGAUACCGGUGGUUCAAAGACAGCCCGGAGAUACCAGUGUCCCGGAGGGCUGCUCUCAGUGCCGCUGGUGACAGAUACACCAUCCGCUCAGCUUCUGUGUCCGACCAGGGCCAGUACCGGUGUAGAGCAGAGAGAGGAAAUCCGUCCUUCGGCUCAGAGCUGUCCGAUGUCCUCAAGUUGGACGUCUCGGAGCUGCUGUCUCCAGCCACACUGACUGUCCGUCCCAAUAGAGCACAGCACUUUGCAGGACAGUCUCUGUCCCUGAGCUGUGUGGUGGACGGGAGCUCGACUGGACUGUGGACUGUGAGGCGACACGUCACACGCUCAGGAGUGCAGUCAGUGUGUGAAGGAGCAGGUGGUUGUGAGAUCAGUCCCACAACAGUGUCUCACAGUGGACUGUACUGGUGUGAGUCUGGAUCAGGAGCAGAGCGCAGUCCUGCUGUCAACAUAUUAGUGCACAGUGGGUAUGUGAUCUUGGACGGCCCGGUGCAGCCUCUAACUGAGGGAGACUCUCUCACUCUCACCUGUGUGGGGAAAUAUUAUCGAAAUAGCCCCAUUAAAGGAGCUCAGUUUUAUAAGGAUGGACAGGAGGUGACGUCCAGCUCUGGAGGACAGCUGACCAUUGGUGCAGUUGGACAGAUGGACAGCGGCUCCUACAGGUGUCAACGUUAUUCCGGGGAACAAUCGGCAGAGAUGUGGGUGACAGUGAGAGCUCUGAUCUCCACAGUCACUCUGACAGUGACUCCAGAAGCUCCAGUGAGGACAGGUGUGACUCUCAACUUCACCUGUGUGGCUCCAGUGAACAAACGGCCUCCUCCUGCGCUCAACUUCAGCCUCCUGAGAGACAACAUCACCAUGUCCAACAGCACCGUGUCGAGCAGCACCGCGUCCGGGAGACGUCCUCAGGCUCAGUGGUCCAGCCUGAUAGAGAACGCAGAGCGGAGUCACGCUGGGACAUACAGGUGUCGUGUCACUGGACCCACUGGGCUGAGCUCAGACGGCCUGGAGCUGCAGGUCGCUGUGGAAGAGUCUGUGCCGUGA